AGUAAAUCAGACGCUAAUGUCCCACUCAGUGUUGGAAGCCUUAAGAAAAUGCUCAUUGUUCUAUUUUCCGUGUGGGAAAACGUGAUUGUAAAGUCUUACUGGGAUUCAGUCAAAAUGGAAAUGUGACAAAUGCCCCUCAGCACUCCAUAGGGCCUCCAUACCGUGUUGCUGUGUCAGGGCCUCAGACACAAUGGUUGCUGCAGAGUCUUUGGGUUUGGUCGGGUAUAAAAGACACGGUGGCGUCAUCACCAAAGCAACAGCACAGUUCUCUGAGGAACUAACACAGCCAACACAACCAUGGGCAGGGUGCCAGUCCUGCCGCGUUGAGAACGGCUGCUUCAUGGUCUAUGAGCGCCCCAACUUCAUGGGUAAUCAGUACUUCAUGAGGAGGGGCGAAUACGCCGACUCAAUGAGCAUGAUGGGCAUGAGGGACUGCAUCAGGUCUUGCCGUGCUAUCCCCAUGCAGCACAGAGGCCAGUUCAGAAUGAAGAUCUUCGAGAAGGAGAACUUCAGCGGCCAAUCCAACGAGCUGCAGGAGGACUGCGACAAUAUCAUGGACCACUUCCGCAUGAACGACUGCAUGUCUUGCCAGGUGAUGGAGGGCCACUGGCUGAUGUUUGAGCACCCCCAGUUCACUGGCAAGAUGAUGUACGUGAGGCCUGGCGAGUACCGCAGCUUCAGGGAGUUGGGCCUAAGCAGCAUGAGGGUCAUGAGCAUGAGGCGCAUCACGGACAUGUAAAAGUUCUUCUGUGAAAUGUUUCACUGCA